CAAAAAUAUGAGUUAUAUGCUGAACCCCAACAUUCUUGUACUCAAGGAUGGAACUGACGAGUCACAAGGAAAGGGACAUAUCAUCUCUAACAUCAACGCCUGCCUCUCUGUUGUUGACGUGAUUAGAACCACUCUUGGACCAAGAGGAAUGGACAAGCUUAUACAUACCGAGAAAGAUGUGACCAUCUCAAAUGAUGGAGCCACUCUCAUAUCUCUCUUAGAUAUUGUCCACCCAGCCGCCAAGACUCUUGUUGAUAUUGCAAGAAGUCAAGAUAAUGAGGUCGGUGACGGAACCACCUCUGUUACCCUUCUUGCAGGAGAGCUUCUUAAGGAAGCCAAGAACUUCGUUGAGGAAGGGAUGCACUCUCAAAUCAUUAUUAGAGGAUUCAGAAAGGCCAAGACUGAAGCAGUCAAAAGGAUCAAGGAAAUCUCAGUCAAGCUUCAUGACAAAGAUGACGAAGAGAAAAAGGACAUGCUUAAGAAAUGCGCCAUGACCAGUUUGAACUCCAAACUUAUCAAUACUUACAAAGAAUUCUUCGCAGAUAUGGUAGUCGACGCUGUCAGCCAUCUUGAUGAUGACCUCAACAAGAAAAUGAUUGGUAUUAAGAAAGUCACCGGUGGUAGUGUUACUGAUUCCAUGCUAGUAGAGGGAGUAGCCUUUAAGAAGACCUUCUCCUAUGCUGGAUUUGAGCAACAAAAGAAGGAGUUUGAAAAUGCUAAGAUCUGCCUUCUUAACAUGGAGUUAGAACUUAAGAGCGAGAAAGAGAAUGCCGAGAUUAGAAUUGAAAACCCAGAAGAAUACCAAGCCAUUGUUGAUGCUGAAUGGAGAAUAAUUUAUGACAAACUAGAUAAGAUUGUUGAGUCUGGAGCUCAAGUCGUCCUCUCUAAAUUACCAAUUGGAGAUCUUGCUACCCAAUACUUUGCUGACAGAGGACUUUUCUGUGCAGGAAGAGUUAAUAUUGAAGACCUUAAGAGAGUCUCAGCUGCUACUGGAGCUCAGAUCCAGACAACUCUUGCAGGAUCAACUGAUUUCCUUGGAAUUUGUGGUAAAUUCGAGGAAAUCCAAAUCGGAGAUGAGAGAUUCAACAUGUUUACUGAAUGUAAAUCUGCUAAGAGUGUCACUCUUAUCCUUAGAGGAGGUGCUCAACAAUUCAUUGAAGAAGCUGCCAGAUCUCUCAAUGAUGCCAUUAUGAUUGUCAGAAGAGCAAUCAAAGCUUAUGCUGUAGUUGCUGGGGGUGGUGCAAUCGAGAUGGAACUCUCUAGGCAUUUGAGAGGAUAUCUUAGAACGAUCUCAGGCAAAGAGCAAUUGGUAAUCAAUUCUUUCUCUAAGGCUUUGGAAGUCAUUCCAAAGACUCUUGCUGAUAACUCUGGAAUGGAUGCAACUGAGAUGGUUAACAAGCUCAGACAGAAGCACAAUGUUGGUGAUGUCGAAGAAGGUAUGUGGUACGGAGUUGACGUUCUCAAUGAGAGAGUAGGAGAUACCUUCGAGCAAUUCAUCUGGGAACCAGAGCUUGUAAGAAUCAAUGUCCUAGUUGCUGCUACUGAGGCUGCUUGCAGAAUUUUGAGUGUUGAUGAGACAGUCACUAAUCCUUCAAGCGAACAAGACCAAAAUGAGGCAAGACGUAUGGCUGCUCUUCAAGGAAAGCAACCACAAAUGGGCCGUGGAAUGCGCGGAAGAGGAGGAAGAUAAAUUGUUAAUCUAAAAUCAACUAAAUAAUCAUC